GCAGUUGAAAGAAAUUCGGUAAAGUAGCAUGCGAUAGCCACGGCACUAUGGAGCGGUUCAUGAUUUCUCCAUGAUUUAGAGAACAAUUCUACGUCCUAGUGAACGCUCACCUAUCAUGAUCAUCAACGGAGGCCGCCUAGCAGCUAGGGAGCAGGAUAGCAAUGCUACGAAAGAUGCAGCAAGGUUCUUUUCGAAUUUGUUCGGUGUUGAGUACCUGGAAAGAUAUAUUGGUGAUAUCACCUUCUUCAAAAGGCUUGCGUCGUUCCCCAAAUCUAAGCGAGGGGUUGGGCCCCCUUCAGCAGCAGCGAGUGGUUCCGACAACUCACGAGGAUGCCAAGACUUGUUUCCGGACCAGCCUUUCACGGAACCCAACUGCCUACCAGAUGCCUGGAAAGAACGCAGGACAGCACAGGAUCCGCGCAUUUUCUUGGCUGUGGUGGAGAAUCUGCUGAAGAUUAUCCAAAAGUGCGGCAGGUGGGAGCUCAAAUCAUCCGAUGCGCGAGAAAUAGAGUCGGAGGUGAAAUCGAUUUCAGAGACCUUCGGCUUGGAGGUGCUCGAGAUCUUACGGGCUUUCUACAUCGAUGCAUUAAACCGCCGUAUUUUGUUGUGUGCGCUUUCGUUCCAGUCCCUUAAUCACUUUAGACUUUGUGGCAUCAUUUUUUAGAGGGAAAACAAGGCAAGAUGACAGAGAAAACAAGACAAGACGCGAAGUUGAUUGUGACAGUUAAAACAAAUUAUGACCCUG